AUGCCGAACCCUGCGCCUCCCACACAACACUUCACCCCUGCCAAUCAGCGGCUUGGGGAACUAGACAGAGACCAGAGCCCGGCUGAGUACUCGUCCGGGGAGGACUCUGACAAUGAUCUUGCUGGCAAUGGCUCCGGCAACCCGCGUGCCCUGAAACGGAAACGACCUCUUACGGUCUCGUGCGAACUCUGCAAACAAAGGAAAGUCAAGUGCGAUCGCGUGCAACCCAGCUGCGGCUGGUGUACUCGUAACGGUCAACUAUGUGAAUACAAAGAGCGGAAAAAGCCUGGCCUGAGAGCCGGGUAUGGCAAGGAGCUGGAGCAACGACUUGAUCGACUGGAAGAAGUAAUUCAAUCGCAAGCCAGACUAAUCGAGAUGCAUAUUUUGCAAAACCAACAUUCGAUGCCACACCACGGUGGAUCCAUUUCAUACAGCUCACCAUCCGAGCCAUCUGGAAUCCACGGCCCAAGCCCCCGAGCGGCCCUCUAUUUCAACGAGCCCGCCUCUUCAAUGACAUUGCCUUCCCGCCAUGCAGAUGUCUCCAUUACCAGCCCUUCGGACACAUCGGUGAAGAACUUGGUCUCAAACGGCCUACAGAAUGGGAGCACGUCGGGCAUGGGCUCAUUGCCACCACAGAGUGUGCAAAAUAAUGACUUCACGGGCAACGAAUCAUCCUUGUCCGUACCAGUCAGCAUUUUUGCAAAUCAAGAACAGUCGCUAGCAGACCCAGACCUAGAUCUUCCACCGUAUGAUUUACUCUAUGCGCUGGUCGACCUUUAUUUUGAGCACAUCAACUCCUGGUGUCCGAUUCUUCAUCGUCGAUCUACAUUGGAUACCUUCUUUGGCCCAUCGCCGUUGGAAGAGGCAGACCGCAUGGUUCUUUAUGCCAUUGUUGCAACUACAUUGCGCUUUUCAACUGACAGCCGACUAAGUGAACAGAACCGAAAGCGGUAUCACGAUUCUUCAAAACAGAAAGUACUGUUAUAUGGCCUUGAAAAUUCAUCAGUGAAGGCUCUUCAAGCUCUUGUUAUUCUGGCACUGGACCUGGUUGGAUCGUCGAAUGGACCCCCUGGGUGGAAACUGCUAGCCUUGAUCACUCGAUCCGUUGUUCAACUGGGAUUGGCAGUCGAGUCCAAGUCUUCUCUCAUCGCUCCGGUCUACCCAUCUAUCUAUACCCUCAGAGCCGUCACCUUGUCCGAACCCGACUCAUGGAUUGAGGACGAGAGUCGACGUCGUCUGUUCUGGAUGGUCUAUUUGCUGGAUAGGUACUCAACCCUUGCCACUGCCUUCAACUUUGCCCUGGACGACAAAGACAUCGAUCGAAAGCUUCCUUGCAAAGACGAAUUCUUUGUUAAGAAUCAAAUGGUUGAGACGCGAAGAUUUCACUACUCCGGUGAUCGCGCAGACUAUCUCAGCCAUGCAGAUACCGUGGGGUCUUUUGGGUUGUACAUUGAGAUUUUAGGGAUUCUUUCACGCGUCCACGCGUUUUUGAAACGCCCAGUGGACAUCGGCUCUCUUUCUGAUGUUGAAGAAUGGCAAUCCACCUACCGAAAGCUCGACAGUGAGCUGACUACAUGGGAGUUCAAUUUGCCUGCGGAAUACGCUUAUGAGAAUGCAUCUCGCCUUUUCAAUGGGGCGAAACAGAGCCGGACUUUGCAUAGUGAUUGGGUGCAGCUUCAUGCUACCUAUCAAACGGCCGUCAUUCGUCUCCAUUCCUCUGCUGCGUACCCCACAACCCGAUCGCCGAUCUUUACCCCAUCAUACAGCGCCAGUCAGCGAUGCUUGCUAGCAGUCGACAAUAUUCUCUCAGUAACUCGCUUCGUGGUUGAGAACAACAUGCUUGACAAGCUCGGACCUCCAUUCGCCUUUACACUCUGGGUCUCAGCCCGCCUCCUACUAGUCCACGGAUCAACCAUCGCCCACACUGUCAGCUCCGACAUUAUCUUCUUCGUCGACACACUUUCCCACAUGGGCCACCACUGGAAAGUUGCGGAGCGAUAUAGUAACAUCCUCCAACGUGUCCUCGACGAAUACGGCGAAUACCAACAAUCUGUCGCUACAGACGGUGAACGCUCAACUCCAUCCACAGUCAAGAUCCUAGCAGAUAUGCGCCGAUGUGCAUUUGAUCUCGACUUCCUCAUAUCCCGCCAACCACGAGAAUCGCCAUCAUCAAUGAGUGGCAAUGGGAAUGACGCCCGCCCUGCUUCGUCGGCUAUUGCCCCCCGCAAUCUUGCACCAAAUGAACUCGAGUACCUCGAUGUGUUCGGUUUCUUUAAUGUCCCGCGUGUGCCGGCCGCUCGAGCUCCGGAUUCCGUUGCGGCAACACAUCUCGAUAUGUCGGAGUCUGUACCGAACCCGAUGUCUAUUCAUGGACUUACUGGUAAUGGAUCCGGCGUUGAUGGACACACCUCUUCAAAUGCGAAUGAGUUCAAUAUCACAAAUUACUUGAUCCCGACACCUGAGACUGAUUGGCUUUUCCGUCCUGCGGGAUGA